AUGGCCAGGAACAAACGCGAGGCAGUGAAGGACAAAGAUAAGUUGAAAAAGAUCAGAAAGGAAGCACGAAAGAGCUUGUCAUGGAUUGAUGCAAGAGACAUCCACGAUGAUGGGAAAAUCAAGGAGGCGAUUGCAUUCGUGGAAAGCAAACAUCCCGUUGUGAUUGAGAAAGUAGAAGGUCAGGUAAUCAUAUACAGCGAGGAUAUUCAUCUUAAGAGCUCAGUAAAGGCUCUAAAAAAUAUGCUUGGACUUUCAAAACUCAGCGGCGGCAACCGUAGGAAUGGUCAAAGGAAUAUCAGUCAUUCGCCUCACCAUCAUGAACCGCCAUUGCCUAAGAUCCUACAGCAGAUGUUGACAAAUAACGUAAUGGUAUUCUUAUACCAGGGAGACAUAACUGAUGAAAAAUUCCACGCCAUUGUGAACCCAGCUAACGCAUGGCUUCAACAUUCUCAAGGUGUGGGUGGCGCAAUUGUGAAAAAAGGAGGGAGUCAAAUAAUAGAUGAUUCUCAGUAUGUCAUGUCUCAUCGUCAAUUCCCUCUACAACCUGGUGAAGCUGUUUACACCCGAAGUGGGCAUCUGGCUUGUCAUUAUGUAAUUCACACAGUUGGGCCAGACUGGUUAGCUUAUCCCGACAAAAGCGCUGCCAUGACAGCUCUACGACUAACAUGCAUAGUAUGCCUCCGACUUGCUGUACAACUUCGACUUUCUUCUAUAGCUCUUCCAGCCAUUAGCUCAGGUAAUUGCGGUAUGCCAAAAGAAGUCUGUGCUGUGGCAAUUUUUCAAGCGAUUGAGGAAUUCAGCACAAGUAUAGAUGCAGAAUGUAGCACUCUCAGUGAUAUCCGCGUCGUUAUCAUCGAUGCAGAAACUACUGAGGUCUUCCGCAGAGAAUUUAUUAACCGUUACAACUCAGGAGAAAAAUCACAAACUGAAAUGGCAACUCAGAGACGUCUACCUGAUGAAGAAGGAUAUAGCCCAUUAUCCACUAACCGAGGAAGAGUUGACCCAAGGAAUGAUGACGAGUUACUUAGUGAACAACAUCAGAGCGUACAGGAUAACUUUGCUGAGUCAAUGAGAAGACAGGAGGGAGACGAAUCCCAUCAACGGGUUGAAGAGCAGCAACAGCAAAAUUCUAAGGAAAGCAGCGUAAAGGCAGAUAAGGCGUCUUUGGCAAACAGUCUUGAAGCUCAAAAUGCCGGAGGCGGGGAGAAAGACCAGCCCAAAGAUGAGAGUCGUACUACUGAUGAACGAUCUCAAAAAACAACAAAGAAUUCUGGAAGUGCAGUGCCUUUUAAAGGAAACCUUGCCGCUAACUUUUCCCGAAAAGGAGACGGUGUCACAAAAGGUGCCUCAGUUGGAAGGGCGAUGAGCUUUAAGCCACUAAGGGCAAUCAAGCACCCUCCUGGUUUCUCUGCCGAAGACGGCCUUAAUAUUGCAAAUCAAUUCGUGGAGGUAGAAAAAAACGAGCAAUUCACAGAUACUUGUGAUGUCAAGAACGUAAAUGAAACAGAUGCGAAUAAACGGAACACAAAAGAAGAAGAAGGCAAGCCGCCAGACAAGUCUAAGGAAGGCAGUGAAUUUGUUGAUCUCUGCAAUGUUCCGCGUGAGAUCUCAGCAAGUGAUUCUGUGCAUUCAAAUUUAAGUGCCCCUGAGACAGAGGAGACAAAUGCAUCAGCAUCAGACAAACUGAAUGCACCAAAUGAUGUGCCAUCAUCAGCCGCGGGUAUAACUCAAGGACCGGGACAGAACACAAGAGAAGAAAAGAAGCUAAGGGUAUCAUCACGUGACGCGUCUCCAUUAGAGAGGGACGAAGAUCAGUCACAAGGGAGCCAAACAGCUACAAGGGGUGACCAUUUUGUCGAGCCACUUUGUUCAGUAUGUCACAACUCAUGUCAAGAACUGGUUGAACCGCUGAACUGUGGACACAAUUUUUGCCAGUCUUGUGUCCAUCACGCUUUGAAUGAUGUUUUCGUCUGCAGUAAUCAGUGGUGUGUCUGUGAGAGGUCCCAACCAAUGGGAAACAUGAGUUGGAGGACAGAGAAAUAUUCUCUUCCUGGAAAUGAAGAUUGGUACACUGUUGUUGUUAGCUAUAACUUUCCUUCAGGAAUUCAAGGAUGGCAACAUCCUACACAAGGACAACCUUACCGUGAAAGGUAUUUCACGGCAUACCUUCCAAACAACUCUGAAGGACAGAAAGUUCUCCAGUUGCUGAUGAAAGCGUUUGACGCCCAACUCCUGUUUACAAUUGGUAAAUGCCAAGUUACGGGCGAGGAGAAUCAGAUCGUGUGUAAUGGUAUCGAACAUAAAAUCAAUCGAUCGGGGGGACUACCAAAGCAUGGAUAUCCAGAUGCCACCUACCUUGGCCGCGUAAAGGAGCAGCUUGCAAAGAUAGAAAACAACGUCUUCACUACUACUAGGUACGACAAUCAAGUCGCGCCGUCUCGGGAAGACCGAAAGUUCCUAGAAAUCAUGGAAAGAGAAGUCUGCAAAAAUAACAAGGGAAAUUUGGAGAUGUCACUCCCCUUUCGUCAAGAGGAAGUACAAAUGCCGAACAAUGGAAUUCAAGCAGUCAAUCGUCUAAACGGCCUAUUGCGCACCCUUAAAAGAAAACCGCAGAUGCAGUCCGACUACUUCAAUUUCCUGGAGAAAGUAAUCGAGAAAGGUCAUGCCUCAGUGAUACCAGAAGAAGAGUUGAAAUCUGAACCUAAGCCCGGUAAAGUUUGGUACCUACCCCACUUUGGCGUCUACCAUCCGAAAAAGCCAACACAGAUCAGAGUUGUGUUUGACUCGUCUGCGGAGUAUAAAGGAGUUUCGCUGAACAAGCUCCUACUACCCGGCCCAGACCUAAUGAAUAGUCUUGUCGGCGUCUUAAUGCGCUUCCAGAGGAAGGAGAAUACAGCCAUUAUGUGUGAUAUCGAGCAAAUGUUUCACUCCUUCCAUGUCACCCCAAAACAUAGAGAUUUCCUACGCUUCCUCUGGUUCGAAGACAACGAUAUCUCCAAACGAGUUAUGGAGUACCGUAUGAACGUCCAUCUCUUCGGUAACGGCCCAAGUCCUGCAGUAGCGACCUUCGGCCUCAGAAAAACCGCGGCUGAUGGCGAGGAGGAAUUUGGAGAGGAAGCAAAGAAGUUUGUGUGCAGAAAUUUCUAUGUAGACGAUGGCUUAGCUUCGACACCAACACCACGACAAGCCAUUAUCCUAGUGACCAAUACACAGGCCAUGCUAGCGAAGUCUAACCUACGACUUCACAAGGUCGUCUCUAAUUCCGUAGAGGUCAUGGAAGCCUUCCCACUAGAAGAUAGGGGAAAAGACAUCCGCGACCUUGAUUUGCGUCAAGAUUGUCUCCCCACGCAGCGUUCGCUCGGAGUUUACUGGGACCUAACAAAAGAUGCCUUCACCUUCAAAGUAUGCUUACCCAGAAAGCCCUUCACCCGCAGAGGGGUCCUCUCAGUCGUGAAUGCAGUAUACGAUCCACUUGGCUUGGCCGUCCCGGUACUCCUGGAAGGUAAACUCCUACUCCAACAACUAGUCAGCAUGGGGAGAGGGAAGAAUAACAAUGCUACCCUAGGAUGGGACGACCCACUCCCAGUGUNCAUUAAUAAACACGUUAAAAAGAUAUGGCCCACUGACACUACCUUGUGUCGUACCCAUAUUAACCUCACGCCACUGUCCCUUAAAACCGUUAUAAACUACUCGCUGCUGGCGUUUCUCGAGAAAACGUAA